UAAGUGCGGCACGCAUGCGCGGCCGGAAAACGGGGCGGGAGAAAGCGAGUGCGUUUUCCUCUCUGGCGGCGCCAUUUUGUGCUUAGAGCCGCUACAGCCGCCGGCGGUGUGGGGAGUAGGUGGCUGAGACGGGAAUCCCGGGAUGGCGGAGACUCUGGCAGGGUCCGGCGACUCGGGUUCUGGCACGGCCGCUGUCGUCUCGGGCGCCUCGGAGGUCGGGACGCGGCGGCUCAGCGACUUGCGGGUCAUCGAUCUGCGGGCGGAGCUAAAGAAGCGGAACCUGGACACGGGCGGCAACAAGAGCGUCCUGAUGGAGCGGCUCAAGAAGGCGGUUAAGGAAGAAGGGCAGGAUCCUGAUGAGAUUGGCAUUGCGUUGGAAGCCACAAGCAAGAAGACUGCAAAGAGAUGUGUUAAAGGACAAAAGAUGGAGGAGGAAGGCACAGAAGACAAUGGCUUGGAAGAAGAUUCCAGAGACGGACAGGAGGACAUUGAAGCAAGUUUGGAGAGCUUGCAGAACAUCGACAUGAUGGAUGUGAGUGUGUUAGAAGAGGCUGAAGUCGAGAACAGCAGUGCUCCAGACUUUGGGGAAGAUGGCGCUGACAGCAUUCUUGAGUCCCUCUGCGAGAGCAAAGAAUACGUGGCUGCACAGCUGAGAGAGCUCCCCGCCCCGUUCACAGAACAUGCUGUGGAUGGGGAAGGCUUCGAGAACACUUUGGAUACUUCGUCAUUGGACUUCAAAGUACCUCCGGAUAUUGAAGAACCUCUGUUGGAGCCAGAAAAUGAGAAAAUACUCGACAUUUUGGGGGAAACUUGUAAAUCUGAGCCAGUAAAAGAAGAAGGUUCCGAGCUGGAGCAGCCAUUUGCACAGGAUACAAGUAGCGUGGGGCCAGACAGAAAGCUUGCGGAGGAAGAGGACCUUUUUGGCAGCGCCCAUCCGGAGGAGGGUGAUUUAGAUUUGGCCAGCGAGUCAACAGCACAAGCUCAGUCGAGCAAGGCAGACACCCUGUUAGCGGUAGUGAAAAGGGAGCCCGUGGAGCAGACAGGCGAUGGCGCGAGGACGGACUGUGAGCCUGUAGGGCUAGAGAAGCCAGUUGAGCAGAGUAGUAAAGCCCCAGAGCGCACGGAAGCCUGUGGCGAGGAGGCCGCGGAAGCGCCCCCGGAAGCCUCAAGCCCAGAGCCCAGGGAUAGCAAAGAAGACGUGAAGAAGUUUGCUUUUGAAGCUUGUAAUGAAGUCCCUCCGGCUCCUAAAGAGUCCUCAGCCAGUGAGGGCGCUGAUCAGAAAAUGAGCUCUUUUAAGGAAGAAAAAGAUAUAAAGCCAAUCAUUAAAGAUGAAAAAGGUCGUGUCAGCAGCAGUUCCGGUAGGAAUCUGUGGGUCAGUGGGCUGUCUUCCACAACUCGAGCAACAGAUCUGAAGAACCUUUUCAGCAAAUAUGGAAAGGUUGUCGGGGCCAAAGUGGUGACUAACGCCCGCAGUCCCGGGGCUCGGUGCUAUGGGUUUGUCACCAUGUCAACCUCCGAUGAGGCCACAAAGUGUAUCAGCCAUCUCCACAGAACUGAGCUUCACGGAAGAAUGAUCUCUGUAGAGAAGGCCAAAAAUGAACCUGCUGGGAAAAAGCUGUCUGACAGAAAAGAGUGUGAAGUGAAGAAGGAAAAAUUGUUGAAUGUUGACAGACAUCAUUCUGUGGAAAUCAAAGUUGAAAAAACUGUAAUUAAGAAGGAAGAGAAGAUCGAGAAAAAGGAAGAAAAAAAACCUGAAGACAUUAAAAAGGAAGAAAAAGACGAAGAUGAACUGAAAGCAGGACCUACAAAUCGGUCCAGAGUUACCAAAUCAGGAAGCAGAGGAAUGGAACGAACGGUUGUAAUGGAUAAAUCGAAAGGGGAGCCUGUCAUUAGCGUGAAAACCGCAAGCAGAUCAAAAGAGAGAAGCUCUAAGAGUCAGGAUCGCAAGUCGGAAAGCAAAGAGAAGAGAGACAUCUUGUCGUUUGAUAAGAUCAAAGAGCAAAGGGAACGAGAGCGCCAGAGGCAGCGGGAACGGGAAAUCCGCGAGACGGAGAGGCGGCGAGAGCGCGAGCAGCGUGAGCGCGAGCAGCGCUUGGAGGCCUUCCACGAGCGGAAGGAGAAGGCGCGGCUGCAGCGGGAGCGCCUGCAGCUCGAGUGCCAGCGGCAGCGCCUGGAGCGGGAGCGCAUGGAGCGUGAGCGGCUGGAGCGCGAGCGCAUGCGCGUGGAGCGGGAGCGCCGGAAGGAGCAGGAGCGCAUCCACCGCGAGCGCGAGGAGCUGCGGCGCCAGCAGGAGCAGCUGCGCUACGAGCAGGAGCGGAGGCCGGUGCUCAGGCGGCCCUACGACGACGGGCGGCGAGAUGACACUUAUUGGCCAGAAGGAAAGCGCAUGGCCAUGGAGGACAGAUACCGGCCAGACUUCCCUCGGCCUGAUCACCGCUUCCACGACUUUGACCAUCGUGACCGCGGCCAGUACCAGGACCAUGUGGCUGACAGGAGGGAAGGUUCAAGGUCGGUGAUGGGAGAGCGAGAUGGGCAGCACUACUCAGAUGACCGCCAUGGCCACGGAGGACCACCGGAGCGCCAUGGCCGGGACUCCCGAGACGGCUGGGGGUGCUAUGGCUCCGACAAGAGGAUGAGUGAGAGCCGGGGGCCGCCGCCUCCACCCAGGGGUGGACGUGACUGGGCGGAGCACAGUCAGAGGCUGGAAGAGCAUCAGGAGCGCCCCUGGCCGGGCACGGUGGACGUGGGCACGGUGGGCCGGGAGCACUUGCGGUGGCAAGGUGGUGAGAGGGCCCUAUCUGGGCCCUCGGGCCCAGGGCACAUGGCAAAUCGGGGCGGAAUGUCGGGGCGAGGCGGCUUUGCACACGGCGGGCAUUCCCAGGGGCACGUGGUGCCCGCCGGAGGCCUGGACGGCGGAGGACUGGCCGGCCAGGACCGGGGCAGCAGAGUCCCACACCCCCACCCCCACCCGUACCCUCACUUCACCCGCCGCUACUAGGCCCCACCCACUCCGUGUGUCCUGGUAGGCGGACAGACGUUCUGUUGAAUCUCUUAGCCAGAGUUACCUUGAACUUGUGGAAUCUUUUAAAAAAAAAAAAAAAAACAAAGCAAAUCCUGCCACCAUGUUGUAGUUCAAUACAAUGUGAAUUCACUUUUUUUGUUGUUGUUUUUAAAUAAAUGUGUUCUUGUUCUGCCAUUUUUAAGACAAGGUUUCUGUUAACGAGGCAUUCCAUUUUCCAUUAAUAAAAGUUUAUGGUUCGCA